AUGGCUACAUCAACAGGCUUCCCACGCAUGUCCUUCGGGGCCAACAACAACCUCGACUUGAGCUUGGACCUUCCGAUUGUUCUCUUUCCCCCGUCAGACGACCUGCCUUCUCCCAUUUAUGAAAGUGACGAUGAGGAUGCUCAGCGAACACCAACUACGGCUACCGUGCCCCAGAUCCCAGACCGCAGCAUACGCCGAACAAAUAACGAGUCACCGACACUGGGCAGCCCCAAGGUCCCUCGCCAUCCCAUCCCCUCAAUGCAGGCCGCCUUCGCCGAGUCGUUCCUCGAAGUCGCCGAUGGCAAUCCUACCCAGAAACCGAAACUUAAAACUGCUGAUGCAAAGAUUCGUCGCGAGGAGCUCAUUAGCCAAGAACGUGAAGAUGACCUACCCGAUAUGUUCUGGCGCUUUCGCCCCGGCCAGCAGCAGCACGAGCUCCUGAAGCUCAUGGCGCAGAUAUCAUUUGGCGUUUACUUGCUACUCCACGGCAUGGCCAACAGCGCCGCCCAGGUCGUCAGUAUCCUGCAGGGACACAUCGAUGAGGUGGACGAGUUUCUCGAGGUGGUCAUGGAGGACUUUGAGCAGGCGACCAACGAUUUGAAGGAGAGGAUCGACUACCUUCGUUUGCCCAUGGAGAACCUCGAAGUCUUUGAGAAGCUGCUCGAGGAUCGCAAUUUCCGCCUCGAGAUCGUCCAAGGCAACGAAAAAAUUGAGCAUAUCGUAGCUCGCACCAACAUCCAGCUCGAACAGUACGACAAAGAUGUGCAGCAUGGCCUCGCUGCAACAAAGGAGUUUGCUGUUUAUCUGGCUCACCAAAACGCGGGCAGUUGGCGUCAAGAUCGUCCAGACGUGGUGGACAUCUACGCCGCAAUGAAGGGCAAUACUGAGGGCUGGUACAAUGCAUUCGUGGAGUUGCAAGCUCAAGGCAAGGAGUUGAAUACCUUGGUCGUUAAGCUGGGAAAGAUGGUGGCUGAAAUGAGCAAAAAGGCCGGUGAAGUGAGUCGAAGAACUUGGCAUUCCGCCGUUCAGCCUACCGCUGCAAGGCGCCCGAGUAGAUGA